AGGUGCCCCCAUCACAAUCCCCCCCCACAUCAGGUGUCCCCAUCAGAGUGCCCCCUUACAUCAGAGUUCCCCUUACAUCAGAGUUCCCCUUACAUCAGGUGCCCCAUCACAAUCCCCCCCUACAUCAGGUGUCCCCAUCAGAGUGCCCCCUUACAUCAGAGUUCCCCUUACAUCAGAGUUCCCCUUAUCAGGUGCCCCAUCACAAUCCCCCCCUACAUCAAGUGUCCCCAUCAGAGCUCCUCUUACAUCAGGUGCCCCCAUCACAAUCCCCCCCUACAUCACGUAUCCCCAUCAGAGUGCCCCCUUACAUCAGGUGUCCGUAUCAGGUGUCCCCAUCAGAGUGCCCCCUUGCAUCAGUAUCCCUAUGUCCCCCGUACAUCAGGUGUCCCAUCAGAGUGUCCCUUGCAUCAGAUGUCCCUACCAGAGUGCUCGCUUACAUAA